UGAGUUAAUAGAGUCACCCCUAAUACGGUAAAAAGCAAUACCCGAACGGCUGGAGUGCGAAUGGAGUCACUCCGAGUGCACGGAGUGAGAAAGCCAAACCCACCUUUCAUAGGCUGUUCUUGACAUAUAAUUGAGUUUUACUUGACAUUUGACAGUUUUUAAAAAAUCAAAAUCAAAAGUUUUUUAGUGGUUUUUGAUUUAUCAUAUUCGUAAAAAUAAUUGUUUUUAGAAAAUUUCAUAAUAUAAAUUAGAAAAACAACUAAAAAUGAGUGAAAGUACUGAGAGCAGUAGUGAUGAAGGCGACUCUCAACGAGUUCUAUACAAAAACAGGCCUGAAUGGCAGGACAUUACACCUUUGAAGCAAGACGAUGGCGAUUAUCCAGUUGUGGCUAUUGAUUAUACAUUGGAAUUUCAGGAUUGCUUUGACUAUUUUAGAGCAAUAGUUCAUAAGAAAGAGUAUUCAGAAAGGGCUUUAGAGCUAACACAAACAGCUGCAAGCUAUAAUGCUGCUAAUUUCACUGUGUGGCAGUACAGGAGGGAAAUUCUAAAAGCACUAGACAAAGACCUCCAUGAAGAACUCAAGUACAUUGAAAAAGUGAUUCUAAAACAAACUAAAAACUAUCAAGUUUGGCAUCACAGAAAGGUUUUAGUUGAAUGGCUAAAAGACCCUUCCAAGGAGAAAUAUUUCACUGAAAAGGCUUUGUCCAAGGAUGCCAAAAAUUAUCACGCCUGGCAGCACAGGCAAUGGGUUAUCAAGACUUUUGAUUUAUUUGAUGGAGAAUUGGAUUAUGUUGAACAACUUUUAAAAGACGACGUGAAAAAUAAUUCUGCUUGGAACCAAAGAUAUUUUGUUGUCAAUAAUACCACUGGGUUUACAGAAGAUGUACUUUCUAGAGAAAUUCAAUUCACUUUGGAGAAAAUACUUGAAUUACAAGACAAUGAAAGUGCAUGGAAUUACUUAAGAGGUCUUCUUUUACAUGACAAAACUGGUUUGAGUCGUAAUAAAACAGUAACAGAGUUCUGUGAAUCUUUAUACAAAGAUGGCAGCAGAUCUCCUUUCCUUUUAGCUCUCAUAGUUGAUAUGUGUUCUGAGAGAGCAGCCGAGGAUGGAGCUGGAGACGGAAACAAUCUUUAUACUGUAGCCAGAGCCAUGGAAUUGUGCAACAGUUUAGCCACAAAUUAUGAUACAAUCAGGGCAAAAUAUUGGGAAUAUACUGCAGAAACUAUAGAAAAACAAUCAAAAGGAGAAGUUGUAGAUGAAGCAAGCUCCAGCACAAACUAAUCCUGAUUUCUAAACAUCUGGUAUUUUAGACACCAUAUUUUUUUCUACAAAAAAAGUGACUUGUGUAAUUACAGUGAUAUUUAGUUUAGUUUGUCUGUUGAAUUGAAUUAGAAAUAAUAAUUCUAAGGGCCAAAUUAUGGACCAACUGGUAAGUGUCUGGUUGUUAUCUAGCAGGUACUUUGUAUUCUCUAGGGCAUAGAAAGUACCUGCUGGGUAUAAUGAUGUAAAAUUCCCGAAACAUUCAAAAGCCGCGAACAUUCUUGGAAACUUUCCGGAAAUAUUGGAAACUUUUGGGAAUUUAUGGAAAUAUUCUUUUUUUUUUUUAAUUUAUAGCUAAAUCAGACAAAUCUUAGUAAGCUUUAUUUACCUAUUAUUGUAGUGUACUGAUUAUAGACUAUAAACCAAAAAAAAAACACCUAUUUUUUUCUGUAAGAUCAGUUAAAAAUUAAACUAUGUAGUAUAACCACUUUUAUGGACGGUUGAAUAAGGCUUUGAAGGAAAAAAUCCGAUUAACCCAAUCUCUCAGCUCCUUAUUUUUUUAUCUUUCUUCUAUGAAUAUUAUUUAAAAAAAAGACAAACUGUAGGUACAUCAGCUGUUGAUCGGGUAAAUCGUAUCAGCGUUUCCAUAAAGACAGUUAGUCUAACUAUUUUUUUGAAAGGAAUACAACUAAUCUCAAGGGGCUACGUCAUCCACAUAAAUUGAAAUGACGUCACUGAGAACUUGUAUUCGCAAUAAUCUCGCAUUUUUUUAAAAUUCUUCCGUUUCCAUUUUUUAUCAGCGAAUAUUCUCGGAAAUUUCCCACACCACUCACAUCACUAGCUAGGUAACAACCAGACGUUCACCAGUCAGUCCAUAAUUUGGCUCUAAACAUGUUUUUUUAGGCAAAAUAAAACUCUUUUUUCAAAAUUAUAUAAUAAUUUUAUUAUAAUAAGUAUUGUACUAUAAACAAAUAUUGUUGUGUGAUAUACAUAAAAUCUAUUUUAGUCCAUUUCUUUUUUUUUUAAUAUUUACACAAUACCUACUAGCGCAAUUAUUCCAUCAUCUUCUGUCAUAUUUUUUAAUUACAAACUUGAUGUAGGUGAUUUUGUUUUUGUAAUAGCUACUUUUUUUUUUGAGGGAGGGUAACAUCAACCAUUUAACAGGAAUUGGGGGGUAAAGAGAGAAAGAUAAUUUUUUAAUUAGUAAUUAUUAUUAAGUAGGUAUGUUAAUGAAUGAUUUUUGAGAAAUUAAUUUGAUGUUUAUUUAGUGAAUUUUUUGAAAAAUUACAAACACUGCCAUCUAUUGUAGUAAAAAAUGUAUGUAUCUUAACAGCAUUAUAAAUAAACAGUUUUUUGUCUUAGUCUGAAUUUCUCUGAAUGUUUUCAAGUAAAAUUAAAUAUUUGAAAUAAUUAUCGCAUUUAAUAAAAAUCCUGUUGCGAUUUUAUUUGUUUUAUUCGUAAGAUAUUGUAUCAUUUUUGUUGUUGUAUUUGUUAAACCAAAGUGUACUCUUUAUGUCAAUAAAAAGUUCAGUCAAAAAUUGUUUUGUUUGUUUCCUUCUCACCUAAAUUGUGGAUAUGUAAAUAUAAAAGAUGUUACAUAUUUUCUUUUCAAUGUUUUUAGCUCUUUAUUUUAAACAUUAAAUUUUAUAAUGUUCAUAUACAAAGACAGCACAACAGAAAAAAUAUAAAAAUUCUAACAUACAUACACCUAUAAAUUUUCUAAUUCGUUUUUAACAAAAUAUUUAUAAUAAACUUUUUACAAUUGAUUAACAUCGAUAUUUAUUCAAUUUUAUGUUUAAAAAAUUAUGUUACAUGUAGAAAAGCACUAUACAGGGAAAUUAGAUAAUACUCAAAACACCGUGAAGAUAUCUUAUUUUCAAUAGAACAAUAUGUCAGAAUUAUUAUCUACCUACCUUUGCCUUUUGCCUAGAGUCAAAAUAAAUUUCAACAUAAGUAAAUAACAGUGAAAAAGAAAAUAAAUGUUUUCUAAAACAGCUGCUGCAUUUCUCCUUUGAUUAGUUCAGAUAAUGAAUGAGCGCUUUCAAAAAGGAGUUUGAUUAAUGGUUUACAGUUUGUUAUUUUCUGCCUCUUUUUCCCAAGAACUAAAAGUUUCAACGCUGUAUAAACCAAUAUAAUUUUUCCAAUUUCCAUAAAUAAUAAAGCACAAAGUUUUUAUUAUUGAACUUCGAAAUUAUUGUAAUAAUUCUUCCCUGUAUGUUGCUGUUAUUUAUCCUACACCAGUAUUAAAACUGAAACUCUAUUGAUUUCCAUUAAAGCUGUUAAUACACACUAUUAAAGUUUGAUUAAAUUCUGGUCUAUUGAGUUUUUAUUGUUUUUCAUAUUGAUCCUCUCUCGUUCAAAUACGCUCCAUCCUGCUUUUGUGGCCUAAAGUUGUAAUAUUUGAUAAGCAAAAAUAAUUUAAUAUUUUUGUAUUUGCUGUAGAGAAAUCGAAUUUAACACUUACAUUAUAAACGAAACUAUGAAAACUGUAAAAAAUUAAUCUUAAAUUAAGCCCAUUUCAGAAUUUGUAAGUUUUGAAAGGUAAAAGUAUCUUGAACAAACAUCUACAGCUAAAUUUGAAUUUGAAACGUUUUUUUUUUUUUUCAAAGAAGUAGAUUUAUAUAAUUGGUCAUAUCUAAAAUCUAAAAACAUACUGUUGUAAUUUAGAGUAUAAUUUUGUUGAUACGAUUUUGAAGAUAAUACAGUACGAAUAAUUUUACAAAGAAAAUCUUUUAGUCCAUUUAAACACCCUGUAUAUUAACUAAAUAUUUUUGUAAAAUAGUUUUUCUUUGUAAAUUAUUAUUCUAGUUGCUGAAAUCUUUAAAAUGUAUUCACGUUAAAUUGAAAAAUAAUCUAAAAAAUUGUUUAUAUCUCCUAUUCUGUUUGGUUCUCGCGAACUCCAACCGAAUGUCACAUGGACGAAUCGAAAACAGCCAUGGAAGCGGAAAUGUCCUUGUCGGUUUUACAGCAUUCAAGAAAUUCGUCCAGCGUCACUACGCCGUCCUGGUUUUUGUCCAUUUUCUGA